AUGGCCAAGACCCUACGAGUGACCCCCAAGGGCGAUUUUCUCUCCUGUCCUGGGCUGGUGCCCCGCGGGCCAGUCCGGGAUGGGGGGAAAGGGCAGGUGUGGGUGUUCAGGGUUCUUUGUGUCGGUCACCGUGGCCCGCGUGAGGCCGAGACCCCGCGGGCCGGGGGCUCCGUGUGCGAGGGGAGGGCGCCCGCGACCCCCGCUCGGGCUGUCGCCCCGCAGCCCGCGGUUUCUCCCCGGGCUGUCACCCCCGAGCCCGCGGUCCCCCAGCCCGCCCCGGCUGCCCCCCGGGCCGCAGCCCCUCAGGCGGUUCCCGCCGCCCCCAAGGCUGCAGCCCCCCAGGCCAACUGCUUCCUCCACAAGAUCAGCUCCAACUCGUUCACCGUCACCCCCCGGGGGCAGCCCCCCGGCGCCCGCGUCCCCGAGCCCGGAGCUGUCCCCGCGGGCCGCCCCGCGCCGCCCAAGGGGCCGCCAGUGCCAUCCGCCAGCCCUUCCCAUGCCAGAGCCAACGCCAGGAGGCCAAAGCCAGAGGAGGCCGAGGCGGCCGUGUCGCCCCUGCCCAGUGCCAGUCUGGCCCCCAGUGCCACCGGCGCCACUCAGCCGCUCUCCGCCUCAGCCCCCCGGGCCGGGGGCUCCUUCGAGAUCCACCCGGCCCCCAAGCCCGACCUGGCGGCCAUCCCAGCCCACGACCUGCAGGCUCAGGCUCUGGCCAAGCUGCGCCUGAAUUCACGCAAUUCCUUCCUGUUCGUGCCCCGCCGGGAGGGCGGCCCGGCUCGGCCCCCGGCCCACAUCGCCCGGCCGGGGCCACCGCCACCGCUCUCGGAGGAGAAGGCAGCGAAGGAGCCCCCGAGGGCUCCCGCCCCGGAGCAGGAGGAGCCCGCCGCUUCCCCGCCGGCUCCUCUGGACCCGCUGGUACCUGUGACUUACAUCGAUGACAUUGUGGAGCCGGACAGUGGGGAGGUUUCUCCCAGGGCCGGCUCGACUGCGAGGACGGGGAGCUUGGAUCAGCCCGGAGGAGCUGGCCCUGACCUGGAGAUGGAAUUCUCCUCCGUGCCCCUCUACAGACCCCACUCUGCCCCCCACCAGAGGGGAGGCAGCACAUUCACUGUCGUGCCCAAAAGGAAGCCCGUUGCCUCGGGGCUGCAGACUCUCACUGAUGCCAGCGGAAGACCGCAGCGGGAGGAAGAGGAUGAGGAGGAGGAGAGCAAAGGAAGGGGCAAAGCCAUGGAGAACGCUGAUGGGCCCCAGGUGGGGAUACCCCAUAAAAAGCGCUACCCCUCGGUGAACGAGAUCGAAGUGAUCGGGGGGUACCUGUCUCUGGAGAGGUCCUGCAUGAGCAAGACGGGCUCCCGCCGCAAGAAGAUGAAGAUCUCCUUCAAUGAGACAAGUUUGCAGACUAUGUUUGAGUACCCCUCAGAGAGCUCCCUGGCAGAAGAGGAGGAGGAGGAGGAAGGCCAUGCUUCGGAAACAGAGGAGGAAAAAUCUUGCCCUUUCUACGUUCCACGCCCAAAUGGCACUUUGCAUCCCAGUACACCCAACUCAGAUUUAUCCAGCUACACCCCAAAGCACUCCGUGAAGUUCAGCGAGUGGCAGGAGCAGAAGUAUGAGGGUCCUGCUGCAGAGGGACCCCUCCCAAAGGAAGCUGAUUCCCAUGGGAACCAAGAGAUGCUCACCCCGGCAGAGAAGGGCGGGCUCUCCGAUUUCAGCAGCGAGCCCGCGCUCUAUUUCUGACGGAUUCAUCGCCGGUCCUGCAGCAGCAGCUGCUGGGCAGGACGUGUCAGUGCACCCGCCCCGGCCCGGGACGGCACCCGCCGCCCUCCCGCCCCACUGUGCGCUGGAUCCUGAUGCCAAGGGGGGACCAGAUGCUGUCGGGCAUCUUCAGAGAAUAUUUGCACUGGAUUUUGGGACCUAAUUACUACUUUCGAGGCAUAUGAUUUAUUCUGCCUGUGGCCUUGCACAUUCCUUGUUCAAGAUCAGCUGCUGAUUAGGCAAGUGUGUGAAGGGCAGAGCUUUAAUCCUGGGAUGGAUGUUGAUUCUCUCGGUGCUUAUCUGAGUCCAGGCACUGUGUGGGGUCUGGACAGCUUUUGUAACACUUUUCCCAUCAGAGGUCUCAGUGGAGAAUGGCUCUGGAUUUGGAGCACUGGGAGCAUCUGAGCUGGAUUCACAGCGUGGCUGUGAUUUGACAGAUAAGGUGUCAGUUUGGAAAACCAUUGAAGGUUCAUGGUUUGUUCUUGGCAUGUUUCUGGGACUGGUUUCACUGAACCAUCAUGGAAUUAAUGUGCCAGUUACAUGAACACCCUGUGAGGGAGGGGAGAGGAAUGAAUGCCUUUAGCUUUAGGUGUCAUUUUUGCACCAAUCUGUAACCAAGUGUCCAGGCUGCCUCGAGCCUCUUGAAAAUUCCCAAACAUUGGCCAUAGCUUUGCUCUGUCCAUACCCAAUUUUGGCAUCCAGUCUCUAGGAAUUGCUGGUUGUGCUCCAGUUUGCCAGUUCCUCUUGUUGCUCUGUUCCAAAUCUGACUGAUCUGUCUUGGUUUGUGGGGAGGAUUCCUUUGAACCACGCUCGCUCUGCUCCUCUAAUCAAAGCACAGGAGGGCACUUUCACUCCUUAAUUCUGCAGAACUUGAACAAGGAAUGUGGGUUUUUUUGUUUUGUUUUUUUUCUAGGAUUUUUAUAGUUCUAUUGUAAUUGUUUAAUGCAGCCAAUAUGCAAAGGAAUCUGCUAGAAUCUUCCAUUUACAUUUUCUACUACUGUAAACUCAGGGUCAAAAUUGCACUCUGGAACAGAUAGAACACUGCUGCUAAUGUGAUUUGUACUUUGGGAUUAAAAGAGAUGCAGUUGGAAAAGAUCUGGCCUCUUUGGGCUUUAUGGAAUGAGUGGUACCCCAGCGUGGGGCUCUGUCCAAAGGAACAGGCUGGAAUCUUUGAUUAAAUUUGAUAAUGUUUAUUGGUUUGUCUGUUAUACAGAGAUGAUGGAUAUCUACUCGAGGUCUGUGAACUGAAAAUGCUCUGCAUACCUUGCACUGGGUUUGGUGUGUAUUGUAGCAGCAGGGGAAGGUUGUUCUGCUGAAAAACACAGUCAGGAUUAAAUGUUAGUACAUA